UCUUAUAAAUUAAGAUCCCAGAUGGCCAGUUCCCUCAACGGCCGGAACCCAGGUGGCCGAGGAGGAAAUCCCCGCAAAGGACGUAUUCUGGGCUUCAUUGAUGCUAUUCAGGAUGCAGUUGGCCCUCCCAAGCAAGCAGCUGCUGAUCGCAGGACUGUAGAAAAAACCUGGAAGUUGAUGGAUAAAGUGGUAAGACUUUGUCAGAACCCUAAACUUCAGUUGAAAAACAGCCCACCUUACAUACUUGACAUUUUGCCAGACACCUAUCAACAUUUGCGACUUAUAUUGAACAAGUAUGAUGACAACCAAAAACUUGCACAGCUCAGUGAAAAUGAGUAUUUUAAAAUCUACAUUGACAGUCUCAUGAAAAAAUCAAAACGAGCUAUAAGACUUUUUAAAGAGGGGAAAGAGAGGAUGUAUGAGGAGCAAUCACAGGACAGGCGGAAUCUCACAAAGCUUUCCCUCAUCUUCAGUCACAUGCUUGCAGAAAUCAAGGCAAUCUUCCCUAAUGGCCAAUUCCAGGGUGACAACUUUCGUAUUACAAAAGCUGAUGCUGCAGAAUUCUGGAGGAAGUUCUUUGGAGAUAAAACCAUAGUGCCUUGGAAAGUGUUCCGGCAGUGUUUGCAUGAAGUGCAUCAGAUUAGUUCUGGUCUGGAAGCAAUGGCAUUGAAAUCUACUAUUGAUUUAACUUGCAAUGACUACAUUUCAAUUUUUGAAUUUGACAUCUUCACAAGAUUAUUUCAGCCUUGGGGCUCAAUAUUAAGGAAUUGGAACUUCUUAGCUGUGACACAUCCUGGAUAUAUGGCAUUUCUGACUUAUGAUGAAGUUAAAGCAAGAUUACAGAAAUACAGCACCAAACCAGGAAGCUACAUUUUCAGAUUAAGUUGCACACGACUGGGACAGUGGGCCAUUGGAUAUGUCACUGGCGAUGGGAAUAUUUUACAGACCAUACCUCACAACAAGCCUUUAUUUCAAGCUUUGAUUGAUGGCAGCCGGGAAGGAUUCUAUCUGUACCCAGAUGGACGAAGUUAUAACCCUGAUCUGACAGGACUAUGUGAACCCACACCUCAUGAUCACAUAAAAGUUACCCAGGAACAGUAUGAAUUGUAUUGUGAAAUGGGUUCGACAUUCCAGCUUUGUAAAAUUUGUGCAGAGAACGACAAAGAUGUGAAGAUUGAACCUUGUGGGCAUCUGAUGUGCACAUCCUGCCUUACAGCAUGGCAGGAAUCUGAUGGUCAAGGAUGUCCUUUCUGCCGCUGUGAAAUAAAAGGAACUGAGCCUAUCAUUGUGGACCCCUUUGAUCCCAGGGAUGAAAACAUCAGAUGCUGCAGCAUUAUGGAUAGCUUUAGUAUACCCAUGCUUGAUUUGGAUGAUGAUGAUGAUAGAGAAGAAUCUUUAAUGAUGAAUCGACUAGCUUCUGUGCGAAAGUGUAAUGAAAGGCAGAAUUCCCCUGUGACAUCCCCAGGAUCCUCUCCACUUGCACAAAGAAGAAAACCUCUUCCUGAUCCUCUGCAAGGGCCCCAUCUCAACCUUCCACCGGUGCCUCCUCGACUGGAUCUCAUUCAGAAGGGUGUUGCUCGAUCUCCUUGUGGCAGCCCUACCAGUUCACCAAAGUCUUCUCCAUGCAUGGUGAGGAAACAAGACAAGCCUCUUCCUGCACCACCACCACCUGUGCGUGAUCCUCCCCCGCCUCCACCAGAAAGGCCCCCUCCCAUUCCACCAGAUAACAGAUUAAAUAGACACUUGCAUCAUCCUGAAAGCGUGCCUUGCAGAGACCAGCCUAUGCCACUUGAAGCCUGGUGCCCCAGAGAGGUGUGUGGAACAAAUCAAAUGGUUGGAUGUCGAAUAGUAGGAGGUGAAGCUUCACCAAAACCUGGACUCACUGCAAGUUCAAAUAUAAAUGGAAGGCACUGUCGAAUGAGUUCUGACCCAGGAUUUCUACGAAAACACAGACGCCAUGAUAUGCCUGUAGAAAGUGCCAAGAUAUUUUCAAAUGGCCAUCUAGGAAAUGAAGAAUAUGAUGUACCACCUAGGCUCUCACCCCCUCCUCCAAUUGGUGCUGUCCUGCCCAAUAUGAAGUGUCCUGUUCCCGUUGUAAGUUCCCUCCCUGAGAAACCAAGGGAACAUGUAGAAGACGAUGAGUAUAAGAUUCCUUCAUCCCAUCCUGUACCUUUGACAUCACAGUCACCUCAUUGUCAUAAUAUAAAGCCUCACAUCCGUGUUUGUGAGAAUGGUCAGUGCUCUGGAGCAAUUGAAAUGCACAGUGCAGCCUCUGAAAUGAAAAGGCUGAAACAUCCAGAAAUAGGAGAUGCCUUUGACCCCACAGUUCCAGUACCUCUGCCACCUGCACGGCCUCCUAUCAGGGACAACUUGAAACAUGGCUCCGUACUAAAUAGGACACCUUCUGAUUAUGACCUGCUGGUUCAUCCUCUAGAAGAUGCCGCUGACAACCCGCCACCCUCGCUUCCACCACCACCACCCCCUGCACGUCACAGCCUCGUUGAGCAAACAAAACCAUUUGGUGCAGGCAGCAGACCUUUGUCAGGACACGAACUUUACCUUCCUCCUGCAGAACUUUUCUUUGAUCCAGUAAAUGGCUUCGUUCCCUUGCCUCCAGUUCGAAGGUUAACUGGUGAAAACAUGAAAACUCACAGGACAUCGCAGGAAUAUGACCAGCUUCCGUCUUGUUCAGAUGGUUCGCAGGCACCAGCCAGACCUCCUAAACCACUUCCUCGUAGGACUGCUCCAGAAAUACAUCACAGGAAGGCACAUAAUUCUGAUCCCUCUUCCGAAAAUGUUGAUGGAAAAAUUGCAAAACUUAUGGGAGAAGGCUAUUCGUUUGAAGAAGUGAAGCGGGCCCUUGAAAUAGCAGAGAAUAACCUCGAUGUAGCACGGAGCAUCCUAAGAGCGUUUGCCUGCUUUCCUCCACCUACUUCCCCACGCCUCAAUCUAUAGCAGUAUGGAAAGCCAGUUCUCCAUGUGCAUGAGUGAGAUCAUGACAUCAUGUGCGACAUGGGGUUCAAGAGACACUUCUUCUCUAGGCAUCUUCAAAGCAUCGAGGUCCAGCAGUUUGUUUGUUUUUUAAAAUAACUGCUCAGCUCAAGACACAAGUGGAUUGGAACUUCUGUAUUUUUGCUAGCCAUACUUUUUUGAAUCAGGGUUGAACUGACAAAUAAUUUAAAGAAGUUUACUUCCCAUGAACUUUUAAUCUGUGAAGUGCAUUUUUUUUCAUGUUUACAGCGUGGUGAGUGACCAUUUUCAGGCUGAUCGUCUUUCUGUGUUCUUGUUCAUAUUUUCUAUUCUUGUGUGGUAUUUCCACAUAUUUUUGUACUGAUCAGAGUCAUCUAAGUCAUUUACUUUUUCCUAAAUGCCCACUCCAUUUUUUUUCCUUUUUCAGAAAGCUUUAAUGGUUUUUUGCAUUUCAGUAUCAAGCAAAUGCAGGAAAAAUGUGGCCUUCACUACUGAUAUUUUUCCAGUAUACUUUUGCUAUUGUGUGUGAGAGA